GACAGCUGUCAGGCGGUAAGCAGGACUGACCGGCGACUCUCACACCAGCAGCAGUCAUGAGCAGAGAUAACUGUACCGCUGCUCAACAGCUAGCACAGGGGAUCCCCUCCAUAACCCAGGCGUGGGGACUGUGGGCCCUCUUAGGAGUCGUGACAAUCCUGCUUCUCAUCUCAUUGGCUGCACUCUUGUCCCAGUGGACUCGUGGUCGGAGAAGGAACCUGGAGGGACAGGGGCCACCCUCUGGAAGAUCCGUGGAAGAAGUUCCCCUGUAUGGGAACCUGCACUAUUUACAGACAGGUCGGCUGUCUCAAGAACCAAGGUCAGAAGAGCAGGACCCAUCCUCCGGAGGUCCUGCCCGGGUGAGUCAGCUGGCCGAAGAAAAGGGCCAGGAAAGAAAUGGGGAGCGUUCCCGAGGGUGCAGAGCCCGGCUAACAGCCUCCUCGCAUCUCCAGGGGGCAGAGGAGGCCACGUGCUACACUAGCCUGCAGCUGCGACCAGCUCAAGGUCGGAUCCCCAGCUCUGGAACCCCCAUCAAGUACUGUGAGGUAGCACUGGACUCUGAGCCAAAGCCCCAGGCCCCAGGCCCUGAGCCAGAACUCUAUGCCUCCGUGUGUGCCCAGACACGCAGAGGCCGGGCUUCCUUCCCAGAUCAAGCCUAUGCCAACAGCCAGCCGGCACCCAGCUGAGGAGGACCUGGAACUGUGGGCACGUUUGGCUAGGCUACUGGGUCAGGGACUCCUGUUGCCCUGGCUAGGGCAUGUCGAGCUUCUAACCACCUCCAGGACGUUGAGACUUUGCUGACAGGUGAUGACGACCUCCCCUGAACUUCCUAAGUCACAUGACAACGUACAGACAUCUCAGAGUGUGAAGGCUCCUGGUUUCCUGAGGAUGGAGUUGCAAAGGGAGAGCCCCCCGCAUUUGUCUUUCCUAUGCUCUCCUGUAAAUUUCUGUGCCCCCCAAACUCUUUGCUCAUACCUUUCCCUCCUUUUAGGGUUUAACCAGGUCCCCUCUAAGCUUACCCAGAUACCUCAUUGUCUCCUCAGACACAGGAAGUGGGCAGGAGGAGUGGGUAAGAACCAGAGAGGAUGUGGGUGUGUUUCAUGCAUGGGAGCCCACAUCUGGAAGGCUCCAAGGGUCCCAAGUUUGCUUUCUGACCUGAAAACCCUGGACAGAGUCCCCUGGGUUCCAAAUAAAGUAUCUCAAAA